AAUUGCUCCAAAAAGCUCUCUUGCUUGGGGGAGAUCUUUCUGAUAAAUCUGCAGAACAAAACGUGCUUGUGAAAUAGUCUCUUAAUUUUUCUCUAUAUUCUAAACUUCUCGUGGAGUGGAUACAAAUUAGAAUGAUCCUCUAUCGGAUGCGUCAAAGAGGUGGCCUAAUGGCGGUGCUCCUUGUAGUGGCUCUUAUCACCGUGAAUGGAAAUGAGAUGGACGACGACAUGUUUUUAGAUUGCAUCAGUUUAUGGAAUUUUGCUCCACCCAGUUUUCCCCGCUGGUGUAAGCCCGAUACCUCUUCUAAUAUAUAUAGGCGUCCUAACAACCGCAAACCGAAGAGCCAAUUCCGCUCAGGAAAAGGGCUUGGAUUCAAUGACCACCAGGAUGACUCUGGAUCACCCGGAGCUAUUGAUACAGGUUCCCGCACUUCGGUGGUUAGUACUGAAGAGCCACAAGUCAAGACUUACUCGGAGACCAGUUUCGUCGAGGUGGAGGAGCACCGCCACUUGACAGUCUACGCACCCAAUAUGGCACAGCAGAUCAUUGGAAACAUAGGGCUCAUUUCCGGGAUGGUGAUCCUUGUUGGGUUCUUUCUCGAACAUUGUGCAUUUUGCAAGUAAUUAUUAUUAAGUUUAGAAUUCUAAUCCAUUUACUGUAAAUGGAAAAUAAAUUCUAAGAUUGGUAUAUUUUAAAAA